AUGGAGCGCGUGGGGCGUGGCCGAGGGCGCGGGGCGUGCGCGUGGGCGUCUCGCGUGGAGGCGCGCAAGGUGCGCUCGCUGUCGCGGGGCGGCGCCGCGGGGCUGCCGGUGGUAGAGGAUGCGUCGCUGGUGGUGGCGGCGCGCGGCCGCGGGGGCCCCGGAGUGAUGCUGCCGCUGGCGUCGCAGGGCUUCGAGGCCAUCGCCCUCGACUUCGCGCCGCGGGCGUUUGGAGCCCGCGCGGCGCUCAGGCCUCCUGAAGCCAACUGCUCCAAGUGCCCUUUCGAAGUGUGGACGGUCGAAUACCCUAACACCAUCCCUGUGGUGCGCCUGCACUUAAACCGCGCUUGGAGGAUCUUCCUGCAAAUCCAGCCUGCCUUCAUGGGGCUGGCGACGACCACGCUCAGGAACCUGGAGGCCGGGGCGUUGGUGGAGGAGAUAGAGGUGCAUGGAGGGGAAGGAUGGAACCACUCCAUUGUAAUUUUUGUGACGUUGCCAUAUAUGCGCAGCUUGGACUUCUCCGCCAACGGCAUAUCGUCACUAAGCGAUGAAAAUUUCCAGCGCUUACCUAAUCUCUUACAUCUGAAUCUGUCCUACAAUAAUUUUCUGACGAUUCCAAAGGGAGUACAACUGUUGCAUCGCCUGCAGACGCUGGACUUAUCGCAUAAUCCAAUCCUAACAAAAUCAUUCGCACCUACUCUGAGCACUCUAUCGCAGCUGAAAGUGCUUAAUUUGUCUGCUGUGGCUCUACAAAGUUUAGACAUGUUGGCACCGAGUGAAGUAGAGGAAGAUGCCCCUUCAUAUUCGCGCCUGGAGGUGCUGGACGUGAGCGCGUGCAACCUGACCUCCGUGGAGAGCAGCUUGUGGGCGCGGGCGAGCAACCUGCGCACGCUGCGCCUGGCCGCCAAUCCCGUGGCCUCCGUGCCGCCCUGGCUGGCGCAGCGGCUGCCGGCGCUGCAGGAGCUGGACCUGUCGGGCUGCCUGCUGGCCGCGGCGCCCGCGCUGCGCCUGGCGCCCGCCCAGCGCCUGCGCCGCCUGCUGCUGGCGCGCAACCUACUGGCGACGCCGCGGGGCGCGCUGGCGGCGGGUGACGGUGCUGGGGGCGGGGCGGCGUACCUGGAUCUGAGCGGCAACCCGCUGCGCGGAGAGUGGGGCGCGGGGGCGUUCGUGCCGCUGGGCACGCGCGCAGCCGUCAACCUGUCGCGCGCGCACCUCACCGCCCUCUCGCCCCAGAUGCUGCAAGCCUUGGAGCCGCUCGCGCAGGUCGACCUGGGCAAGAACCCCUUCGAUUGCGGCAGCUGCUCUAUCCUACACCUUCAACAGUGGCUCAGGAAUGGGUCAAGUCCGGAAGUGCUCUGGCUGGGCGAGCGGGAGCCCCUCAGAUGCUUCCUGCCGCCGACACAGCGCGGUCGCCCGGUGGCCUCCGCUGAAGCGCCGUCUCCCCUCGAGUGCUUUCUGACGACGAGCGGCCAAUGGCGAAUAGCGGUGGGCGCCGUGGCGGCCGCAGCGCUUCUCUCCGCCGCCAUCUUGGCGCUGCUCGCCUGCCGCUUCCGCCUGUACUUCAUCUACGUGCUGCACGUUUUUGACGUGCACAGCAAGCACGAUCGCGUCUGGGUGCUGAACGAGCUGCUGCCUCAACUGGAGGAGAGCCACCCGCCCUACCGCCUCUGCCUGCACGAGCGCGACUUCCCCCUGGGGGCGCUGGUGGUGCAGAACAUCGUCGAGUGCAUGGAGCGUAGCCGGCGCACGCUCAUGGUGCUCACGCCCUCCUUCGUCCAAAGCCAGUGGUGCCAGUGGGAGCUGGAGAUGGCGACGCACCGCCUGCUGGAGGGCGCCGGGCGGGACUUCCUGGUGCUGGUGGAACUGCAGCGGCUGGAGGCGCGCACCCUGCCUCGUCUGCUGCGCCUGUUGGUGGAGACGCGCACCUUCCUGCAGUGGCCGCCGGGAGGGGGCGGAGCGGAGGGGGCGUGGCGGCGGCUGCGGGCGGCGCUGGGUCCUCCGCUACUGCAAUCGACACCUCCACCUCCAUCUGCUCCUCUGGAAGAGAGAAUAACUGCUGUACCUUGA